UCUUUGCUAUGUCUCGCCUGUAAACAAGCCGAAGAAGACGAAGCAGAAGUGGCUGACGGGUUCAGUCGGAAUAAAAGUCGCUUCUGAAGAAAUGAUUUUAUAUUUUGUGAUCUCCUCUGCAUGGGAUCCAACCGUCUUUGUGUUGCAAUAGGAGCUACGGCAUAUAGCAAACGAGGAGACCGUUUCGAGGUCCCGGACCUGACAUUUGACAGCCCACGCAGUUACUUCCUGUGUUGUCGGUGAGGAGUCAGAUACAGUACGUCAGGAGCGAUCAAGAGGUUGCUACUCCGAGCAACAGCGUUCGAAGCAGAGCAAAACCGUGUCCGUUUUCUCAAUGCGUCGCCGGACACCAUGUCACUGAGUUCGGGCGUUUGGAGCGCCAGUGUCGCGACGGAACGGCGCGCGUUUCCUUCGCCCGUCGAGCAUGGAGCGUCGCAAGCAGAACCCAACUGUCAAAUUGUCCUUAUGUCUGUUCGGGUGUCGUUGUGCCAUUCUGCUAUUCGACCGCUGCGUCUUCCGAGAUCAGGCGAGGAGUCUCUUCUUCUGCAGCUCAGUAUGGACUUGAAUAAGUCCGGGGAAUUCCAUCUGUCACUGCAAGAGUGCAGCGGCGAUGGCCGUUGCGCGACGAUUUCCAAGUAUGAUUUGAGAUCUGUGAACUAUGAGGUGAAAACGCCAAAAUGUCACGAGCUGAGUCUGUCGGCGCCUCCGCACGAUCGUAUCAGCUUCAACUUCCGUUGUGAGCAGGAGGCUCAGCAGUGGGCCACUGUCAUGACGACAUCACUGAGGGAAGCGCACAGAGCAGCAGCCACUAAAGAUGAUAACGCAGAGUUUGUCCAACUCCAGGACACCUCAUCUUUGCAGCAGUUAGAAGACGCAUGCAUCGAGCUGACCAGAGCCAUCGAGGCCGGCGACAUGAAUGCGGCGUCCAUCUUUGCUGCCAAGCUUUCCUGCCAAAAGGCCGUGCUGAAGAUCCAACCCUCCCUACGACAAUGUGAAGACACCGAAAUCAAAUUGACUGUUGUCGUCGAGGAUUCUUCUUCAUCAUGUUGCGUCACGAUGAAAGUUUCUCCUGUGAUCACGACCGCAGCUUUGAAACAGCAGAUGUUCCUGGAGUACGGCUUUCACCCGUUGCUGCAGCGGUGGGUGAUUGGCCAGUGCCUAUGCACUAACCAGCGCUCCCUGGCCUCAUACGGCAUUCGGCAAGAUGGUGACACGGCUUUUUUAUACUUGUUGUCAGCGUCCCACGCUCACUUGACCCGCCAACACCUCCAGCAGGACCAGGAGAGCAUACUUCUUCACAGUUCUCUUCCAUCUGCUGCUUUGCUCCCUCACUCUUCUCAUGACAGUAUCGCAUCUCAAGAACAGAGAUUGCGUCACACAUUGCCGGCUAGAUUAAAUAGCGGCAACGCUGAGUCCCAGAAAAGAAAUGCCAGUGAGCAAGAAGUCAAGGCCUUCAAUGCGACGUUGCCUCAAGUAAACAAAGAAUUAAUCCGAGACACGCCUUUCCCUCAGGGUUGGCCGUGCCCUUCUUGCACGUACAUCAACAAACCGACUCGGCCAGGCUGCGAGAUUUGCAGCACGAACCGCCCUGAGAGCUACGCCGUCCCGGGCGAGUACCAACCGGACUCGCUGGAACUCCGAUGGCUCCAGGAGGAGAAGAUUGCACUCAGACAGUACCAGCUGGAGAAGGAGAAAAGAGGGAAGCUGAGGGGUGCGGGCACUCAAAACAACUCUCUGCUCUAUAACCUGGCCCAGGACUACCAAACACGAACGCACUCCCAGGCAAGAGAAGAGGAACGGCAGCAGAAUUUUGCCCAACUGGUGAGGAUGGACGGCCAGGACUUGGUACCAAAUCCGGAGCCUUUGGACUGCAGAAUCUGCUAUGUAGAACUUAAGCCAGGAGAGGGCGCAAUGCUCAGGGAAUGUCUCCACUGCUUCUGCAAAGACUGCUUGCGUUCCGUCAUUAUGCUGAGCGAGGAGCCGGAAGUGUCCUGCCCCUACAGAGAUGACACGUAUGCCUGCACGUGCUCCUUGCAGGAGAGGGAGAUCAGAGCCUUGGUUACACCAGAGCAGUACCAACGUUGGCUGCAGAGAAGUCUGUCCGUGGCGGAGUCCCGAUGCGAAGGAAGCUACCACUGUGCCACCGCAGACUGCCCGGGCUGGUGCGUGUACGAGGACACGGUCAAUGUGUAUCACUGCCCCGUAUGCGCGAGGGAGAACUGCCUCAUUUGCAAGGCUAUUCAUGAGGGAAAGAACUGUAAGCAAUACCAAGAUGAUCUCGCGGCCCGCGCGAUUAACGACUCUGCCGCACGGAGGACAACAGAUCUACUUCAAACCUUGGUGCAAUCCGGGGAGGCAAUGCACUGUCCCCAGUGCGGCAUCAUUGUGCAAAAGAGGGACGGCUGUGAUUGGCUGCGCUGCACUGUUUGUCACACUGAAAUCUGCUGGGUCACCAGAGGGCGACGCUGGGGGCCAAAGGGUCCUGGCGACACCACUGGAGGAUGUCGCUGCAAUGUCAACCGUCAAAAGUGCCACCCAGAUUGUCAAAACUGUCACUGAGUCAUUCAAGUGUGGUUUGUAUGGAAAUGAUUGACCUAGAAACCAAAUAUUAUCACACCCAAGUGUUCGCUGAACAAGUUGAGAGCCAAAAGCAGACUUUGAAAGGUUCUACCAUAAAAUGCACAAGCUUUCUGAUAAUAACAUAAUAAUGACUCUUGUAUGCGGUGCCUUUUGAAAAUAAUUUCCUCUGCAAAUCUAGCCUACCAGAUGUGCGUGAGAUGCAAUACAUGACACCAAAGUGGACUUUUCCUCAAUCAGGGUGUUCGUCCCUGUGCCUGUGCAAUGUCGAUUAUUUCUUAGAACUUUAUAUUGACUUCUAUAGUUGUUAUAAGCAUGUGUGCUUUGUUCCUUAAUCUCAUUUUCGGCCCGCUGAAUGGAAACUGCAUGUCGUCCAUGUUUGAUAUCAUGUAGCAGCUGAUGGGAAAACGGGUACCGUUAAUGCUAAACUCAUUAUCAUGACCUGGAUGAGUAGCGUAUUGAUUAGUGGUCUAACAGUAAAACUGAAACUUGUCAUUUGUCAACACAUGUAUAAGCCGGUGGCCCCUUCCAAAUCUGACUUAUAUAUUCGAUAGAUCCGUAAAAUGUAGCCGUGAGGAUUCGUGAUCCACUGUUGGCUUCAAAUGCAUGGUUUGAAUGUCAUGAUGUAAAAUUUCAAGCCGUGUCCCCUUCAGAAAAAAAAAAAAUCCACCCUAAAUAGAGUACCUCCUUCAAAGCACCACCACCCUGCACUGACCAGCCAUGCAAAAUACUGCACUGUCUUAACUUGUGAUCAAAUUUCAUCAAUGUGUGGUGUCUGGUGUGCCUUAAUGCUCAUUAAAUACCCUUUACACGAUGA